AUGGCUGAUUGCGGACUUCCCUUCCCCGUCGUCUGCAUCCAAUGCGGUCGUGGCGUCGGCCUUUGCGGCAUCAAGAUCAUCGGCCCGACCAUUGGCUUCUGUGUCGCCGUAUGCGCCGCAGUUAUCUGCUGGCCUAUUGCCCUUCUGUUUUGCUGCUUCACCGAGACGGGCAAGAAAUGGUUUUGGAAACCGUGCGACAUCAACGCUCAAGUGUCAGACCUAUUUCCUAUCUGA